AUGGGGAAUACUAAGAGCAGCGCUUUGUCGAAGGAGCUCCUGGAAGAGCUGAAGUCCAACACCAAAUACACAGAGGCCGAACUGUGCACCUGGUAUCAGUCCUUCCUCAAGGAGUGUCCCAGCGGGAGGAUCAGCAAGCAGCAGUUCGAGGGCAUCUAUGCCAGCUUCUUCCCAGACGCGGACCCCACGGCUUGCGCAUCCGCACUAAAACGACCGAAAACGCUGACGUUGCAGUUCCGCGCAUGCGUGAAACGCAAGACGACUCGACCUGCAUCGUUUCCCUCUGCCGUUUAUUUACAUUCCGGCUCUUUGAAACGUGGCGGCGAAAUGGCAAGACAAAGCAACAAGUGGACUGAUAAUGAGGUGGAGUUGUUGCUCCGAGUCACCAACGAGUACAAGGUUUCCAAAGCAAGCGAGAACAUCGACUGGGAGACGGACCAGAACAAAUACGCAAAAUAUUGGACCGCCUCAAAGAACAGUAUCACAUGA